CUUGUCUUGAUGCUGUUGUAUGUGGAGGUGAGUUAUCCAUGGGCGAGUUCCAGGAUCCCUUCCUCGUCAGCAUCCACCUCAUUGCCGACCCUGGUCAGGGCAAGUUCCUGCAGCGCGCUGCUGAUGCUGUGCUGGCGUGGGUUCACCCUGAGCUGCAGCUCUUCCGAGUCUCAGAGCGGGCCUCCGUCUGCCAGCGGCACUGGCCUAAGCACCAUCAAAAUGGCAGCCCGACUGCAGCCUGCCAGCCGGCCCUAGCAGUUAUCCUAUUCUUCCAGGAGGCAUACGGUGGCGAGGAACAGAUACUGAUGCUGCACCGCACUCUGCAGAGGCCACCUUGGCGCUACCACCACACUGAAAAAGUCAGCAAUAGCCGGCGGAUGCUACCGCUGACACCAUGCAGUCAGGACUUUUUCACUCUGUCUCCUGGCACGCCGCUCUGGGCGGUGCGGCAGGUCCAUUAUGGGAAAGAAAUCGUGCGAUUCACUGUUUAUUGCCGGCAUGAAAACUAUGUCUACAUGGUGCGGCUUUACAAGCUGCUGCUUCAGAGGAGGGUAGCACAGAAGAAGGAGGAUUUUUGCUUCUUUGUGGUGUACUCCAACCCAGAAAUGGAGAUCCAGCUGUCUUUUAAGAGGCUCCCACGAGGUCAGAGUCCAGUGGUGCUGGACUCGGCAGUGAUGGAGGUGAGGGUACGAGAUGUCGGGGCACUGGUGCCCCUGCUGCCACACCCCUGCAGCCCUAUCAGUGAGGUCCGCUGGCAGACAGAGGACUACGAUGGAAAUAAGAUCUUGCUGCAGGUGAGAGUACUUUCUGUUGGUGCCAGUUUAUACCUGCACCAAAUAAAUCCAUUCUCCAUUUUUGAAUUUUCGA